UUCCUCUUGGUGAGAUGUCACCGCAGAUCAGAAACAGUUUUGGGGGGAGCUGCGACUCUUUGAACUUCUACUGCACAAGUUAUAACACAUCUUAUGGAUCUUCACAAUUUGUACCUGGUGGUGUUCCACAGCAGAAUGUGCUCAUCCACCGAAACACAGGAUAUCAGUCAAACAUGCGUCCUGCUGUCUACUACUCACCUAACCUUGAUCGCAAGGACAACCCAAGUCUAGGGCUAAUUCUAAGAAAUAAUUAUACAUCAAUAACCAACAGAGAUUAUCACCCUCACCAGCUGCCAACUGGCACCGAGCCAUUGUCUUCCACAGCUUGCACCGGAGAGAGUGGUUACAUUAAGAGCAACUCUGUCACCAACCCCAAAUCCAGAACUGUCAAGUCGGUGUACUUUGACACAAAGGACCAUGGAGCAGGAGCUAUGGCUGGGCUCAUUCCACGACAUCAACCUCUGCUGUUUGCAAACCAAGACAAAAAGUCUCCAGAGACUGAGAACCUCAGACAUGGACCAGCGUUUAUGUCUACAGAAUACAAAUCCAAAUUUCUGACACGGACGCCACGUGAAGGGAAUCCUUGUAGGACUGUCACAGGAGCCACGGAGAAUUCUGGUUUUACGGAAGGAUUAAACAUGGAGCCAAUAACCUUUGGCCCACCUUCACAGUAUCGGGUUCCGAAAGGAUUCCACCGCUUGAUGGGACAAAGUAUCACAAAGACAGAUUUCCUACCAUCACCUACUAUGCAGGGCUUGGAGCCACUUCCUGCUUUGGCCCGAAAUUCAAAUCGAGACAGCGGCUUCUCCAGAGACACCGAUAAAGUGCAGAAUAUAAGUGCUCCAUUUGAUGACUCAGGGACUGGUGACAACAAAAGACUUAAGAACGAACUCUUGGGAAGAAUGUAUGUUGGUGGAAAGGAACUAUCUGGAUUUAGUCUUAAUAACAAGGAAUAUGUGAUGACAAGGAACCAGCCACCAGAACAAUACCUGACGAACUACAAACACAGAUUUAUUGAUCCAACACCCACCAUGAUUGAUCGCGAGGGCUGGAUAUGUGGAGGCAUCCAGUCACAGCAACACAGUGGCUUCUCUGUUAAUAACGAGGCACAUAUCAUUGGUUUAUGAAAAGGAUUUAAG